AUGCUCGUUCAAGAGUCCCACAAGGACGUGCCCACUCAGCAUGGCGGUGAUAUGCGAAUCUUUAUCUUUCAUCCCUCCAUUCCGAACUAUCCCAGAGCGACGUUCCCGGGAGUCGUGCUGUUCAGCGAAAUCUAUCAAGUGACCGGCCCUGUAGCCCGCUUCGCCCGUCAAAUCGCCUCUCAUGGCUACAUAGUAGCUGCACCUUCUUCGUAUCACGAGUUCACGGGCCCCGAAGCUCUGGCCUAUGAUGGCCCCGGGACCGACGCCGGGAAUGCGUGGAAGGUUGAGAAGCAAGUUUCCGCAUACGACGAAGACGCCACUCUUUCCAUAGACUUCCUGACCCAACUUUCCACCUGCAACGGGCGGAUUGGAGCGACAGGCAUGUGUCUCGGCGGCCACCUCGCUUUCCGCGCUGCCUUCGACAAACGUGUCAGAGCUUCUGUGUGCUACUUUGCAACUGACAUCCAUGCUGGAAGUCUAGGAAAGGGCGGUGACGACAGUCUGCAACGGGCUGCGAAGGGAGAGAUUCGUGGGGAGACUGUGAUGAUCUUUGGCAAGAGAGACAAUCACGUUCCGCCCGAGGGAAGGGAUCACAUUCGCAAAACGCUCCAUGAGUCGGGAACGGUGUUUAGCUUCUAUGAGCCUGCGUKGGCACAGCAUGCUUUCAUUCGAGACGAGUUGAGCAAGGGAAGGUAUGAUGCUGCUCUGAGUGGGCUCUGCUUCCAGAUGUUGUUGGAGUUGUUUGGAAGGACUCUUUUGAGUGGUUUGGGAGAGAGGGAGGGUGAGGUCGGGGACGUGGAGGAUGUUUGUUGA